CUUUGGCUUUCGUUGAAGCGGCAAAAAUCAUGAUUGCGGUGAUUGGGGACUCGUUUGUGGAUGUGUUGGCCGGUGUCCAGACGCUGCCUGCGUGGGGCCAAGACUCUCCGUGCAAAGAGCCCAUUCAGAUGCAGCCUGGCGGAUCUGCGCUCAACACAGCGACCCAGCUGGCCAACCUCAACGGCGGCGGCGUCGCGUUGUUCACGGCUGUGGGGGGCGAUGCCUUUGGCGACAUGCUCAAGAACCAUCUAGUGAAGAGCAGCGUGGAACUACAUGCGCCACAGCUAUCGGCACAUAUUCCAACCGGGGUGUGCAUUGUGCUGACAGGCCAAGGAGAUCGCGCGUUCGCCACACACUACGGCGCCGCGCGGGUGUUUGCCGUGCCGCACAUCAACACGGAUGCCUUGUUUCAAGCGGCGCACAUCCACAUAGGCGGUUUCUACAGCGUCACAGGACUCAUACCGGGCCUCGCGGAUCUCUUGCGAACCGCCAAAGCGCGCGGCAUCACGCUGUCGCUCGACACCAACUACGACGGAACCGAGGCGUGGGCCGGCUUGGACGACAUCCUGCCGCUUUUGGAUGUGUUUUUACCCAAUGAAGUGGAAGCGCGGCGCAUUUCUAAGUGCGAUUCAUUGGAUGACGCGCUGAUGUACUUUGGAGCUGUCGCGCCGGACAUGCUCACGGUGCUCAAGGUCGGCAGUGACGGCGUGCGCGCGUCCUGCGGCCAAUUUUUUCGCGCGUCCUUUGGGGGGUUCCCCGUGACCAAGGUGGAAGACGCGACGGGGGCGGGCGACGCGUUCAACGCUGGGUUUCUGCAUGCGUGGGUCCAGUCCAAGGACGUGAUGGAAGGUUUAAAGUGGGGGUGCGCAGUGGGGGCGCACUGUGUCCGAGUGGUCGGCGCCUGCGCGACCCUGCCGUCCCUCGACGCUGUCACAGCGUUGGUGCAGCACACUACGACCUUGUCAAGUAGUACUUGUUAGAAUACACCGAUGUGAAGUCGACUCUACUGAGCGGUCCUCAUGUCAAUUCAAAGUUGUUGCCAGUGGGUUGGUUGCGCC